AUGCCUCGUGUCAGCCAGCUGCCUAAAGAGGUACUCGCUAACUUACGAGAGGACUGUCUCCUUUCGUACAUGGAAGAAUUCGACAAGGCAGAUCCAGAAGUCAUUUUCGAGAAAACUUACACAGAAGAAGAAUUCGUCAAAGAGGCAGAGGAGAAUCCUUACUAUCUCUUUGCCAAGGUCCUCCGUCGACAACAGCACUUGCUCCAACUGUAUGAGGAAGCUGCUGCCGCUCACAAUGAGAUAGUUGAGAAUCUUGAUGCUCCAGGUAGAGUGGAUACCAAUCAGAAUCAGAAUCAGAAAGAAGAACUUACCCAACUUAAGAAAGAACUGAAAGAGGCUCGUCGCGAGGCCAAGCGAAAUGCCAAUGAUAUUGUUGAACUGCAAGGAGAACGUGACCAUGGUCAGAGUGGUAGCGAGGGAGGUACACCAAGACCAACCUUCAUACUAAAAUCUACCAAGUUACCCAAGGAAGCAAAGCUCUCAGACAGUGUCAAUCUAACCUUUAAAUCUUGGUUAAUUGAUAUGGAAGGGACCCUAGAGAGCAACGCGGAUCACUACCCAAAUGCAAAGGAUCGAAUUCUUUUUGUGAAGAAAAUAUAUGAGAGUCAGGCAGCCAAGCAUUUGAUGCCCUGUCUUCGCAAGAACUCUCCUCAUCCCUUCAUAGAUGCUGACGACAUGUUUGACCACUUGAAGACCAUUUUUGAAGAUGUUAAUUGA